AUGCUCAGAUGCAGUGGCUUAAGGGUCUCGCUUGCUGCAAACCUGAAAGCCCUCAAGCGCUCAACCUUGAACCGUGGAAAGUUCGACCAAACGGUGGCCACCGUGCCCGCAGCACACUAUGCGGACGCGAGAAGCCUGAAGCAGCACCUACAGCAUCUCCUGAACAUUUCAAGAUUUCGACAGCGGCUCAUUCAUGGUGGUGCAGUUUUGGAUGAUGCUGCGACAGUGGCCUCGCUCACCGAUGUUGAGCUGGUGGUGCUGCCCUUCAGCACCGACUCUGACGUGCGCAAGUUCAUUCACGAAGCGCUGCAUGGCCAGGUGGCAGAGGUAGAGGAGAUGUUGCAAGAGAACUGCGACCCCAAUGUCUUCGACGUUCGAGGGUACACGGCCCUCAUGUAUGCCUCAUGCACAGGGCACGUUGAGAUGGUGCAGCUCCUGCUCGAGGCGAUGGCCGAUCCUGACUUGCCUGCGGUGAUCACCGGCGAGACGGCCCUCUUCGGCGCGGCCCUCCGCGGGAAGGAGGAGGCUGUUCAAGUACUGUUGCAAGCCGGGGCCUGCGUAAAUGCCACCUCCACCAAUGGGGUCACUGCCCUCAUGAACGCGUCCCACCGCGGCCGGGUGAAGGUUGUGCGCCUGCUGGUUGCCGCUGAGGCCGACACGAACUUGGCUGCGAAGAACGGGGCCACGGCCUUGACAAAUGCGGCCUUGGCCCGGAAGAUGGAGACGAUGCAACUACUGCUAGAUGCUGAGGCUGACAGUCGGCGAGCCGUUCCCAGAUGCGUCGGCUUGUGUACCCUCUUCCUCUUUCUCAUAUCCUGUGAGAUCUUCUUCAGCGCUUUAACAUUCAUGGCUGGGGCAUCCAUGCAUCAACGGCUGGUGGCCACCAUCGGUAUUCUGGCCACCAGCCUUUGUGUCGGCGGGCGAGUACAGGUGCUUUGCAGGUCGUACGUGCCCUGGCUCGCCUUCGCGUCGCUGACGCGCGCCGCCAGGAGGUCGCGAGUUUGCUCUCGGCGAUUCAGGCCGCCAAGCACACUUUGA